UCCUACUCCUGUCCCCUUUCUCCCUUAUCAACAUUUUCUUCAUUGGUGUUGCUAGCAUUAUGGUAGUCGGAUGUGGUGGGAUGCAUGUAUCUUUCACUGAAAGAUCGAAACUCAUCUCGCAUCUCAUUCACGGUCACCUGCAGUGUGCUCAUCUGCGUGGUCAUUUGCCCCAUGUAGUCGACUUGUCGUACAUGCCAGUCAUCUGGGUGGAAAUCUGGCCCAUGUAGUCAUACAUGUCAUCCAUGCGCUUCCCAAAGAGGUCGACCAUUUGCUAUAAAAGGUCAACCGCGACUUUGAACCUCACAAAACUGAAGCGACAUAUUAGGUCGACCUAAUCCUAUAUAAGGCCGACCUCAAAGUGCAGAUUAGGUCCACCUAAUCGUAUAUAAGGUCGACCUAAAAGUGCAGAUUAGGUCCACCUAAUCCUAUAUAAGGUCGACCUAAAAGUCACCGUAGCAAAGUCCGUGUUUGUUUUUCUGCCCUUCUUAAUAUAAGAGUACGUUUAGGGCUCAAGAUAGGGUGCAUAACCCAUGAUUAUGCAUCCAUCAAUAACUAAAUCGGGACCCUUCAUUCAAAAAAACCAAAUAUAAGGAUGGAGAAUUAAAGGUCAUUUUUAUUUUCCCUUGUUUUCUUAAUUGGCUCAUAUCUUCUUUGUUUUAACUCGGAUUUCAGUUUUUUUUUUUUUUGCACAGAUGGAACAAGUUCGUUGUGCUCUACAAAGCGAGAUCCAUUUUCAAUAUUUUUUGAGGAAAAAUUUCUUGCCUCUCGAUACCAACUGCAUACCAUAUGUAAUUCAUUUUUGAAAACAUUUGCACAGAAGGAACGACUUCAUCAUGAUCUAUUGGAUCUACAAAUUUCUAGGUGAACAAAUUACAGGACCAAAAAAUACCACACAAUACCACCCUGGUACGAGGUGGUAUCUUGUGGUAUACAAUGUUAAAAGUCUUAAAUGACAGUUAAUAUACUUCUACUAUCAUGUAUUCAACCAUCCUACAGUCUUGGUUUGUUCAUACUACCAUGGUACACUUUUCAAACUAUAGGUAUGCUCUUAUUUCGAUACCAGUCAAUACCAUAUGGUAUAGACUGGUAAAAAAUUAUUCAAUUUUUUUUGUUCCAAAAAUAUAUCAAAGUGGAUAUCAUUUUGAAGAACACAAUUAAUCUGAUAUAACUGUGCAAAAAAAUUAUAUUUCGACUUAAAACUAGUGAGAAAUCGUCCAUCAAAGAUUAGGGGGGGGGGGGGUUUAAAGGCUUUUCAGGAGAGAGUAGAGGCGCUAAUGUGGCGGAUGGUGAUUCGGUAAUGCAUUGUUAUUGACCGGAUCUGCUCCCGUACGUUUAGAUUUUUGGCAUCACUAUAAAAUACUAGAAAUCUAUAAUUUGAAAGUAUAUAUACAUAAAAAAAUUUGAAUUAUUGAUUGGGUAUAUUUGAAUAUGUGUUUAGUACGUAAAGUAUCAAAUAAAUUGUUAAAAGAGAGACGACACUAUAAUAGAGCGAGAGUUUCAAAUGCAUUUAGUACUUAUUCGAGGUAUUAAAUUAAUUUUGCUAACUAUGAAUGACAAACAUGUGACAUCCACAUCAUUAAGUGCUAACAAAGCUCUAUGGUGAAAAGAUAGGACUAUUGAUACUAACAAUCAAUCGAUCAAAAUCUGUCUAUCAUUUUAAAAUUUCAUAAUUUCUUUUAAAAUUUCAAAUAAAUCUCUAGAAAAUUAUCAUUUUAGCAAAUAAGGUACUAAAAAACAAAUCAAUGAGAAAUUAAAUACACAUAGAAGAAUCAAUACUCACCUCGAUUAUCCACAAAUGAAACUCACAAGCUAAAGUCAUAGACCCUAAUCGAAAUCGUAGCCAGAGCAAAGCGUGGAAACAUAUCUAGUUAUUAUUUGAACCUUAUUAGCUGCCUCUCAUUUCCUUUUUGUUCAAGCGCUAAUCCAGCAAUAUUAAACCAUCAUUAUUUUGCUAUUUUAAGGCGGAUUAAUUUGUUUCACCCCUAAUUUAUGUUCAUUCCAUUGACUGUGAGUGUACUGCACUUAAAAGAGGUGAAUAGUACUGUUGAUGGUGUAUUUUUGCUAAGGUCGAUUGUGCAUCAAGGGCAAGAUUUAAUCUCUUAUGAUAGAAAUUUCUAGCACCAUAGUCGUGCAUUUUUUGGUUGGUCAUUUUGCAGGUGCUCAUUUGAUAUGAAAAUAAUUGAAGGAAGAGUCGAUAUAGCAGGUGAUAGUUCACUUUUAUUCGCUUUUAUAAAUUUAUGAGAGUAAUUAAGCAUGCUCUAUCGAAUAUUGCUAAUGUCGUUUUCUUUUAUUUGUUUUGGUUUUUUGUGGCAACUCGAUACUGGUCAUCCGGCAUACUCCGUCGAAAGAAACUACACUCGUUGGCGGGACUAUCUUGGAGAUGUUGUAUUUUUAUUUUUCCUUUUUUUUUCGUCAGUGUCGUGUCUUUGCUCCUCGGAGCUUCUUCAGAGCUGCCCAUGUAUUGGCUUAUCAGGAUCUUUCAUCGUUGCUGGUUGCAUACAGACUAAUGCGCAGUGUUCGAGUCGGUCUGUAAUUGUGUCGAGUCUUUGUCCCAUACCUUUUGAGCUCGCCUUGAAGAAAAAAAAAACAAUUCUCAAAGUAACUAACGAAUCAAUAAAUUGAACUACAUACGACCAAAGAAUCACACGGAAUUGCGAAUAGUCAAAAAGUAACGUGAAACCAUAAUUGAGAAAAGAGCAAAUUUAUAGUAUUGACCACUUCAUCGGCCUUUAAAUAAGCCACUUCCCUCUCCUCACAUUAUAACCAAUAGUCCAACAAUUACAUUACAGUUUCCUAUUCUGUGGGCAUAAUUGUAGACCUAACAAGUCUCCUUGAAUAUAACUCCACCAUACAAUAACAUACAAACUUUUAAAACGAAAUGCAAACUCGAAUCUCGUUGAGAAAUAAAAAAGCCAUCAUAAACCACAAAAAUUUUGAUAAUAAUUGAGAACGAAAAGGAUCCAAAAAAGUUCAUAGAAUUAUGAACAAGGAAGAGGAUCAAAGACCAUGGGCUGAUAUAUGUCCAGAUCUCUUGGAUUCCAUCUACAACAGAAUCUCGUCGCAUGUUGACGGUACUCACUUCGGCGACGUAUGCAAGAAUUGGCACAAAGUCCACUCUCACAUGGUCCUUUUCAAUCGCCGACCUGUGUUGAUCAAGAAAAGAAAUUUGUACAGCUCGGACGUCAUGCAAGUAUGGGAGGGUAAUCGACUUCUCCUCCAACGAUGUCGUGAAUCUCAAAUCCCAUAUUGCCUUGCAGAUGUAGACAUAAGGAUCCUUGGGACGGCGGGUGUGUGGUUGCUUAUAAAAGUGCGUGAUGCUUUUUUGGGCUGGUACAAUCCUCUACUCCGAUGUCCUGCAAACUACAUCAGUCUUCCCAACCCGAGUUGGCGUUUUUGCACCAACGACGACCAUUACAAACCGGACACAAUACUCAAAUUUGCUUUCUCAGCACUACCCACUGCUCAGGACUCAUCAAUGCUCGUGGUGUAUGGCGAUCGCUAUUUCAGCAUGUUUCGUCGUGGAAAAAAUGUUGAAUUUAAGCAAAAAACAUAUGAUUUCUCCUUGGCUGUGAAAAAAGUACAAACAUGCCUCGGCGUGGGAUACAAAGAUGGUAGAUUCUUUUGUUUAUUUGAAAUGGGAGAUAUGUUGAUUUUUAGCAUCGACGAGAAUGACACCAGGAUGUUGUUGGCUGCGACUAAGCCUCUGCUUUCCGAACAACUCCAACGAUGGGACAGUUUGACUGUAGUGGCGAUUGUGGUGGCCAAAAUAACCAGAGCUGCAAAUUAUCAAUACCAUGAGGUAGAAGAAGUGAUAGGGUUUAGGCUUGUCACUCGUUGGGAGCGAGAUCGUGAGGGGAGCUUCCGGCUAGUAACAUCGGAGGAAAAUCUUAUGACAUCGACCGAUCUAUUAUUGGAGAAUAACAAUGAUAAUGACUUGGAGGAAAACAAUAUAACAGGAGUGAUUUUAGUGAAAGACCCAUUGCCAUUGAAGAGGAAUUUCGACAUAUAUUAUUGGUACAUAUUGUAUGCUCUUUUUUUCAUACUAGUCUUGUGUUUUAUGGUUUGGAUUGCCUUUUUGUUCCAAACGUAGAGUAAGGAAGGGGUGCAUUGCGUGUCAUUAUUAUUAUUAUUAUUAUUAUUAUUAUUAUCAUUAUUACUUUUUUUGGUCGAAUAAAAUUAAUGUUGAUGACGAUGGAGGCGCACUGUUUUAACUUCUAAAAGUGGAGAAUUUAGCAAAUCCUCCGAUACUAAAUACCGUAGUUCGAAGAACUUCAGUAACACACAAUUGAAGAUCUUUCAUCACCAACAUGGUUUGCUGAUAUGAGAAGCUCUGAUGUUUCCCCUUCUUUCGUGGCUUGGUUGCAGGUAAGAGUUUUACAACUCUCUCACUAAUAUAUUGGGUUUAAUUACCAUAAAGCAGUCACUAAACUUUGGCAUCACUUACAAAUUGGGCACUACAAUUAAUUCUGAAUAACUUACAAAAUAGUCGCUUUUGUCCAUUCCUUUCAAGUUUUUUAUCCAAAUUAUAUGCCCCGAUUAAUAUGUCAAGGGGUAGAUUGCAAGUUUGGUCAUAUGUGGCGAGAUCGUGAGGCGAGUGACAAGAAUAGCUUCCGACUAGUAGCGGUGGAGGAAAAUGCUAUGAGAAUAACAAAUUUAUUAUUAGAAAAUGACGAGGAUUGUGAAAUGGUGUCAUUGGAGGAUGGGGACAAUAGUAAGGGGAUGAUUUUAGUGAAACACCCAUUGUGCUUGAAGAGGAAUUUCGACCAAUUUUAUGCUUUCACAUUGUCCAUUGUUGCUCCACUCUUUGUAUGUUAUAUUGUGUUUUGGAUUACCAAUUUGAUCAGCGGUUCAUUGAUCUAUUAAUAAGACAAAUCACGUGGAAUUACGAAUGGGAAAAAAAUAACAUGGCUAUAUAAUUAUAAUGAUCACUACUGUUCCAUUGUUUGCUUAUACGAUUGUUGCUUUAUGCAUGUAACAGUACAUAUUUGAUCUUCUUUGUUUAUCCUCAUCCAUAGACUUGGAUUUAGUUGUAAGACAAGGAUACUAUUGCAAUUUGGUGGAUUUUCUUACAACACCAUCCAACUUGGACAUGAGACCCUAAAAUACUACAAGCGUUGGAACGAUUUUGUGAACAUAUUCGUUAAUUGAUUCGAAGAAAAAAAUAGUGUGUAUUACUUUUAUGCUACGUGGUGUUGCAACUUGCAAUUUUGAAAUAUGCAGUAGGCUUUUAAUUAAUUGGAUUAUCAAUUAGCUCAAUGGCGGAAAUACUAUCACAAUAUACAAAGGUACAAGUGGAGAGGAAGUAAUAUCUAAAUCACAAUAGACAUUAAGUUUCUAAUGCGAAGUCAAGUGGAGGUUGAGGAGAAGAAGUCAAACAUGAAGGUUGUGAAGGAAUAACAGUUUCUGGAACUUUCAUACAAGGAAAAUUAGUAGACAUAAUCACGCCAAUAACGUUAUGUUCUAAAGUUAGGCAUAUUGUGGGCUAAGGUAGAAUUUAGAAGCAAGUGAAAAACAACCAUAUUGUUAGAAACAAGAUUGGUUGGUCUUGUUCUUAGGGAUUGAUCUGGGAUGGAAAAGAAUUGAAAUGGGGAAGGAGUUGGUGAAAACUCAAAAUAUGAGAUGCAUUCAACAAGAGAUUUUGAGUGUAUCUUUUCUUGGAUGAUUUCUUGUAAAGAAAAGAGAAAUGAUUUUAUUGAUUUGCAAAUAGAGUUUAGACUACAGAGUGAACCCUAGCCAAGCCAAGUGACUUGGCCCUUUGAGAAAAACAACACUCAACACUCCUACUUCCCAAGAUUCGAAUCACCCAGUACACUCCCAUACACUGUGAUUCAAUCUACUAAAGCAAAUACAUUCAUGGACCCAAA